GAGCAUUUAUAUGAUUAUAGCUACCAAAAUCCAACCUAACAUAUAGACCUACAAAAACAACAUGCUUUCCCUCAACCUAUAAAACCCCAAACCCAAUUUUCAUGUUUAAUGUUUAUAUUCUAUGCUUUUUCGGCACAAAAAUCUCAUUAAAAGUUCCAUACUUUAUUUUCCCACCAAUUGCAAUUUGGCAAUUAAACAAGAAAACAAAAUCCCAAUUUUUCAGGACUCUAUUUAUUUUUUGCAGGACUUUUUAAAGUUGUUAGCUUUUUGAUUUUUUUAAAUCUUUUUAAAUUAUUAUAGAAAUUGGGUAUCAAUCAAAUUUCUAAAUGUGGAUUUUUUUUGGAGAUUAGUGGGAAAAGAGGAAAAUCUUCAUCUUUACUCUUUGAAUUGAUGCUGUUUGUGAAGAAAAAAGAAGAGAAUUUUGUUUAUGCCCUGCCAAAUUGAACAAUUGAAUUUCUAGAGUAAGAAAUUAAAGAGAGGAAGAGAUGGUGGUGAGAAAAGUAGGAAAGUAUGAGAUAGGAAGAACAAUUGGAGAAGGAACUUUUGCUAAGGUGAAAUUUGCUCAGAACACAGAAACUGGUGAAAGUGUUGCCAUGAAAGUUCUUGAUCGAAGUGCCAUCCUUAAGCAUAAGAUGGUUGAGCAGAUAAAAAGGGAGAUAUCCAUAAUGAAACUUGUUAGGCAUCCACAUGUUGUUCGUUUACACGAGGUACUGGCAAGUCGUACCAAGAUCUAUAUCAUAUUAGAAUACAUUACGGGUGGCGAAUUGUUUGAUAAAAUUGCUCACCGUGGACGACUCAGCGAGGUGGAAGCUCGCACAUAUUUCCAGCAAUUGAUUGAUGGUGUAGAGUUUUGCCAUAGCAAAGGGGUUUACCAUAGGGAUUUGAAGCCUGAAAAUCUUCUCCUAGAUUCCCAGGGAAAUUUAAAAAUUUCUGAUUUUGGACUUAGUGCACAACCUCCAGAGGGAGUUAGUCUCCUGAAGACUACUUGUGGGACUCCUAACUAUGUGGCGCCAGAGGUUCUCAAUCACAAGGGCUACGAUGGUGCUCUGGCAGAUAUUUGGUCUUGUGGGAUUAUCCUUUAUGUCUUGAUGGCAGGUUAUCUCCCAUUUGACGAACUUGAACUCACGACACUAUACAGUAAGAUUGCAAAUGCCGAUUUUUCAUUUCCUUCUUGGUUCUCCAUGGGAGCAAAAUCUUUAAUCAAGCGAAUAUUGGACCCAAAUCCUCAAAGCCGCAUUAGGAUGGAAGAUAUUAAAGAUGAUGAAUGGUUCAAAAAAGAUUAUACUCCUGUUAGUUAUAUUGAAUAUGAAGAUGUCAACUUGGAUGACAUAAAUGCUGUUUUUGAUGAGACUGAGAAUCAGCAAGAGUAUCAGCAGCAUGGAGAUGAUGAUGCUGGGCCAUUGAUUCUCAAUGCAUUUGACCUUAUCAUUCUAUCACAGGGAUUAAAUCUCCAAUCCUUGUUUGAUAAAGGCAAGGAUUCAGUGAAACAUCAAACACGCUUUGUUUCCCAAAAGCCAGAAAAAGUUGUCUUAUCAAGUAUGGAAGUAGUUGCCCAAUCAAUGGGUUUCAAGACGCAUAUACGGAACUAUAAGAUGAGGAUUGAAGGUCUAUCAGCUAAUAAGACUGGAAAUAUCACUGUGAUUUUAGAAGUAUUUGAAGUUGCGCCUACAUUUUUGUUGGUUGAUAUUCAAAGAGUUGCUGGUGAUCCUAACGAGUACCUCAAUUUUUACAAAAACUUCUGCGAAAAUCUGGAUGAUAUAAUUUGGAAGCCUCCUAAUGAUUCGGGGAUAUCAAGAAUUGGCAAGAACAAGAUUGGUAGAAAGCGUCCAUAGCUUUUAUCUUACUUCAGAUUAAUUAGGAGGCUUUUGGAUUGUGAUGAGCUUACUUCACAAUCCCACACCAGCAUCAGUUGGAUCCACGAAAGAAAACUAAGAGACAGCAGUGUAGCUAACUCGGGAUUGAAGAGCAGAACUCAUCUCCAAAUGAUGUUUGUAUAUCUUUUCUUAGGAAGUGAAGGCUAUAGAACUUUCUGUACUAUAUUACAUAGAUGUGAGGAAAUUAAGUAUGACCUUAAUUAAUACGCUGUUUUUGUAAAUCUCUUGGGUUUUCUUUGAUUUUUGAAAGGCAGACGAAUUUUGCUUGAUAUGAAGACAUGCUGAAUCUUGGACUUGUUUGCUUCUAUGCUUGUUACACAUAUAAUAGUGAGCUAAUUGUCUUA